CUCACGACUGUGAUGACAGCUCGGCUCGGUUUGUUGUUUUCGAUAAUAGUGGUUGGAAAUUGAUUCAUCUACAGAAUUUAAAAUAAUUACGGCAAAAGACGGUAUAGUUUAUCUAGCAUUCGCUCGAAGAGGAUGUUGGUGGAGCAAUCAGAAUGGAUUUGAGCACAAAAGAUAGUCUGAACAGUGACCGAGAGACCCCGAAUCGUAGUAGUGAUAUGGAACAAGAUAACUCAACUUGUAAACAAAGAAAGGAAGGACAACAAUUUUUAUCAUCUGUACAAAAAUAUGUGAGAGAAUGGACUGAAUUGUCGUCAAUAUGUGAGGAUCAUACACUGAAAAGGCUUCGUGAAGUGUCGAUUGAUGGCCAAUUAAAAGUAUCGAAAUUCCGUAGUGUCUGCUGGGCUCUACUUUUGGAUGUGCUUAGUGGUAAUUACAAGUCUUGGGUUAUUCAAAGACGUAUGGACCGAGCAAAGUACAAAAAAUUGAAAGAGACUCACAGCCUAAAUCCCCACCAAGCGCUUAGUAACAACAUCCAAGAUGAUCCAUUGUCACAAUCCCAACAGAGCAUUUGGAACCAGCAUUUUUGUGAUAAGGAACUAUGUGCCGUAAUUAAACAAGAUGUAGUCCGUACAUUUCCUGGAGUGGAAUUUUAUCGGAAACCGUUCAUUCAGGAGAUCAUGAUUAACAUUCUGUUCUGCUAUGCACGCGAAAAUGCAAUGAUGUGCUACCGACAGGGUAUGCACGAAAUCCUUGCACCAAUUCUAUUCGUUUUGCAUUCGGACCAUCAAGCGUUUUUGCAUUUCCGCGACGGUUCGCAUGAACAAAUUGGCUCGAAUUUGAUUGAAGUGUUAAAUCCGGACUUUCUGGAAGAGGAUAGCUAUUUUAUAUUCGCAAAAAUAAUGCGGGGCAUCGAAUCGUACUAUCGCAUAAAUGAUUUGAUUCCGUCAUCGUCCGGUUAUUUUCCAGCUACGCCGACGACGCCCCAAGAUGAUCUCAACAAAUCAAAACUGGAAGUGGUGGGACAGUUAAAUUUCAUACGUGAUAAAAUCCUGGCGAAAGAAGAUCUCCAACUGCAUAAUCAUCUGAUCAAGUUGGAUAUUCCGUUGCCGAUUUUUGGAAUUCGCUGGCUUCGUUUACUGUUUGGCCGUGAAUUUCCACUACAAGACUUAUUAGUCCUAUGGGAUGCAAUAUUUGCUGUAGGCAAUCAGUUUGAGUUAACGAAUUUUAUUGUUGUUGCAAUGCUGAUCGGAAUUCGACAUCAAUUGAUGUCAGGAGAUUACACAACAUCAUUAACCUAUUUGAUGAAAUAUCCCGGAAACGUUGAUAUAUCACUGAUAAUCCGACACGCUUUGCACAUUCAAUCACCGGAUGUCUACGAGCGACCAGUGUGUCUAUCCCUGGCAUCAGAAACGCCGCCACGAAAACAAUCGAAAAGUUUCUCCUUCACCACAAAAUCAACAACCCUUCCACGUCGGCAAAGCGACACUACCUCGAAUACGAACAGGGAAAACGGACGGAAACACACUCUCAGCCAUGAUGAUGGUCAAGCCAAGUUAGUCAAUGCAGCAUUGGUCAAAUCGGCUAAUGAUGAAUUAGUUCAAAUGCGUCUGAAGAACAUUCAAAAUGCCACCGCACUGGCAGCAAUGAGAAUUUCUCAACAAUCGCUGUCUUAUCAGGGCUAUGGUGAACACGAUCCGGGAAUCGUAGAUGGUUUUUUGGAGGAUAGUCCGGAAGUUUUGCGUAUUCAGCUCGACAAUGCACAAGCUGUGAUGUCUAUCAGUCGGUUGAAGUUACUCAAUUAUUUGAAGGUACUGCGAAAGCAUUUACCAGGCAAUUCCACUGAUGAAGUCCAUCAGGCAAUGGACGGCAUUGAGGAGUUGUGCUCGCUUCUUAAAACCGAAUCUAAACCGCCCUAUGUUAAACCGUUGCCAGUCGAACGAGCAUUCGAAGCAAAUGAAGCGGCGUCAAAGCAAAAACAAAAUGAACAAAAAGACUCGGUGCCUUCGAAGCGAUCGUCCAUGUCCGAUACGAUGACUGAUAGGAACGUUACGGAAGACAAACGACUCUCAACAAAAUCGUCAAGAACUCAAUCAACUUGCCAGUCAAUCGACGCAUCAAUAGAUGAUGUGGAGAGAGUGAGAAAGUCACGGUAUGAAAUACCAGACAAUCAACUCAGCAGAAAGGCAGUGAAUAUUUUAGCUGGGAAGAAGGAGGUAGAGAUGCUCGAAUUCUACACAGGUGACGAAGACAAAAGCGAAUGUGAUGACAGAAAAUUGGUCCCUAAUAUUGACCCGUCCGGUGAUAGAUAUUCUCCGGAAAAUAUUUAGUUUUUAGAUUAUUCAAUGAGCCAAGAAAUAAGUUUUUUUUUCAUAUUAUAAAUAGAGAAAAUAGAGUUGAGAAAAUGUGAAGAAAUAUUUUUCCGACAAUAAAAGUUUGUUGCAUUUA